AUGUUGCUGAGCCGCCAGAGGCUUGCUGGCCCGCUGCCACCAGGUCCAAGGCCGACGCCAGUGCUUGGCAACAUAUCUGAUCUACCGCCGCCGGGGACACAAGAUUGGAUGCAUUGGCUUCAACACAAAGAUGCUUACGGGCCGGUCAGCUCUAUCACUGUGCUAGGACAAACAAUCGUAAUAUUGAAUGAUGCAAAACCAGCCAUGGAACUUCUAGCAAAGCGCUCUUCAAAAUACUCCUCAAGGCCAAACCUAGUAUUUGCGUCCGAAAUGGUGGGAUGGGAGAAUUUUUUGGCAAUGCAAAAGUACUCCGCUCGAUUUCGCUCCUAUCGCAAGGCAAUGCAACCAUAUAUAGGAUCUGAGUCGGCUGUCGCCCAGUUUAAUCCUCUACAAGAAGUAGAAACAAACCGCUUUCUAUUUCGCGUCCUCGAAGAUCCGACGAAGCUCAUAGAACACAUUCGAACAGAGGCUGGUGCGAUCAUUCUCAAAAUUGCAUACGGGUUUACUAUUGAGCCACACAAGCGGGAUCCGUUGGUGCAUAUUGCAAAUCUGGCCCUCGAUCAUUUUUCUAAGGCCAGUACACCGGGUACCUGGCUGGUUGAUAUUAUUCCACCUCUAAAACACGUCCCGUCCUGGCUUCCUGGAGCAAAUUUCAAGCGCACUGCUCAAGCAUGGAAGAAGGAUCUCAUGAUUUUGGCGGAAAAGCCCUAUGCAUUCGCACGUCGGCAAACGGAAGAAGGUCGGUAUCAGCCUUCUUACCUUUCUAACUUCUUCAAAACAACGGGGUGCCCUCCACCUGGCUCAGAAGAAGAGUUUGUUGCCAAGUGGUCAGCUGCGUCACUUUAUUCAGGUGGCGCUGAUACCACUGUGUGCGCUAUGGAAUGUCUUUUCCUUGCAAUGACACUAUAUCCCGAGGUUCAAGGUAAAGCACAAAAUGAAAUCGACCAGGUUUUGGGACCUUGCCAGCUUCCAACUGUCGCCGAUCGCUCACAUUUGCCGUAUAUUGAUGCUGUGGUGAAGGAGGUUCUGCGGUGGCAUCCGGUGGGACCUAUGGGUCUUCCCCAUGCGACAACUGAAGAUGAUACCUGGGGAGAAUAUUUCAUCCCAAAGGGUUCAUAUCUUAUGCCUAAUAUCUGGGGUAUGAUGCAUGACCCUGCUGUCUACCACGAUCCCAUGGUAUUCAAACCAGAGCGCUUUCUGGGGAUUGAUGGACGUGAGCCCGAGUUCGAUCCUCAUGAUCUUGCCUUUGGGUUUGGGCGUCGCAUCUGUCCCGCGCGUAUCUUGGCAGAUAACACAUUGUAUCUGAGUGCAGCACAAUCGCUUGCUGUCUUUAAUAUAAGGAAAGCCGUCGAAGAUGGGAAGGAAGUUGAGGUCGAACCAAAAUUCCAGCCUGGGGUCAUCAGUCAUCCAGAACCAUGGAGGUUCCACAUCGAACCUCGCAGUACGGCUCAUGAAUCUCUCAUUCGUUCAGUGGAGCAGAAACAUCCAUGGGAGGCGAGCAAUGCACCGGACCUAGAGGACAUUUAA